ACCUAAUUAGCAUUAUUGCAAUCGAUGAUUUAAGCUGAAGACGUGUCAGUUCUUUUCUGAAGUUAAUCUGAGCAAGAUGUUGCAUUAUUGGUACCGUGUGUUGAUUUUCUUCGUGAACUGUGUCAUAAUAAUUAGGGGUGAUAGAGUAUCAUCAACUAAUCACUGCAGCGUAUUACCACUAUCAGAGCCGAAAUGCUUUUCACCUACCAAGGAUCGCACAAAUAAACCUGAGACUGGAGUGAAAGAGAUCAAUUUCAGAGAGAAAGAGAGUGAUAAAGAUAAAAUCACAACCAACCUUGGAUAUGGAGAAAACAUUCGGCUGGGAGAGGAUUACGUAGAUACGUUUGGGACAGGAGGAUCUGUUGUUAAAUGCGAAAAACAAUGUCUCAUAAAUAAGUAUAAAGAGAAAUUCGAGCCAAAACUGUACAAGCGCAAAAACAAGGACUUGAAUGGAGAUUUGGAGUCCAUUUCCUUUGCACAAUCAUUCAUAAUAACGAAGAGGGAAGUAUGGGAAUGCAAAAAGGAAAAUGAAGAAGUAGCUUUCUUAAGAAUUGUUACUGAAAUUCUCAGCAAAGAAGCUUUUGGAACUGUUGAGUUUGGGGAUGGAUUUGAAGUUACUGCAUUAACAAUCCCAUACAGACAAAGCACUAAUUCUGAAAGAUACAAUAAUUACAUUGUUGCAAGAGAAAUAAAGUACAUUGGUGAAAAUGAUAAAACUCUGAGAUAUGAUGGCGUUUUGAAAUUUAUGAAACCUCAGGAAGAAGUUACUGAUAGAAGAGAGUCUGUCCACAUAAGCCACUACAAAGAUUUCACAAAACUUUCUACAGAUAAAAUAUCCAAUUGGGAAAAGAAUCAAAAGGAGCUAAGCUCAGAUCAGGAAAUAUCUUAUUCACAAGGAAACACACUGAAGAACAUCAAACUUGAUACUCGUGAAAAAUCAAGUCGUAUUAUCUUCACAGACAAACAGCCGUUCACAGAAGAUAUAUCCUCGUCACCUCAUAAUCCCAAUAAAGCAGUAUGUCGAAUAGAAGAAGAAUCGAAAUUUUGUUCACUGAAAUAUCUGCCACGCUGGUCUUAUCGUGAAAAGGACGAUGAAGGAGAGAAGACUGCAGAUUUUCUUAAAAGUUUCAUUGUCACAAAACAUGAUAUUUGGAAAUGCACAGUGCAACAGUCUCAGCCACAGAUAACGUUUUAUAGAGCAGUGAUUGAAUAUGUUGGAAAGAUAGCCAUUGAUGAUAUUGGUGUGUAUCAGGAUGGGAAAACUAUAUAUCGUUACUUAUUGACAGAUACUUCAAUGAGUAUGGGCAUCAGACAAAUCAUGUACUUCAAGGAAGAUGAUCCUGAUAAGAGCCUCAGAUAUUAUGGUGGAAUUCAACUCAUGAUACCGGAAGGCCUGCCAGAAAAAGUGGCUACAGAAGAAGCUGCAGCAGAAAAAUCUGCAACGGAAAAAGCUAUAGCAGGAACAAUUGCAGCAGAAAAAUCAAAAGCAGAGCAGAAGAGAAAGUUUGAAAAGGGAGGAAACAAUCCUAAAAAAAUGAUGGGACCUGGAAAAUCGAAUAAUGGAGAUAAGAAUAAGAAAAAAAAUUAGAAUAAGAAUAAGAAAAAAAUAUCAAUACUGUCUCAUUAUCACUAUAUGCAUAAUAUGUUAAACAUAGCAAACUGGUAUUUAGGCAUUGACGAUAUUUAUAUAUCAAGAAAUAGAAAUAUAAAUAGGAAUAUAUUUAUCAGCCGAUAAAUACUUAAAAUAGUACAGUGGGCCAUGUCACAUAUAAACAUCUCAAUAUAAAAAAUACAGGUUACAACAUACCUAUAAACAUCAAUCAAUAAUUACAACAUAACAAUUCUCGUAAUUAUAUAAAUAUUAUAUCAGUCAGCUUGAAAGAAAUUAUUUAUAAUAUCACAAGGGAGAUCAAAGAACUCUCCAACACUGUACAGUGGGUUCUCUAAAAGCAUCCUUUUCACUUUUGUUUUGAAAACAGAUAUACUCAGAUUCCUGGAACACAGCGGUAAUCUAUUGAAAGCUCUUAUUGAUAGAACGUCAGAUUGACACUGCAACUUUCUCAAUCUUACAUAGAGAACAUCCAAAUAAUUACUCUGUCUAGUGUCAUGCCUAUGCAUUUCUGAUCUACACUUCAAAGUAUGCAACUCAUUUUUUCUUUUAUCAGAAGAAGCAUAACAUACAAACUGAACACUUUCAUAAUAUGUUGUGAUUUAAAAAGAGGACGACAAUGCGCAUAGUAGUCUGAACAAGUCAUUAUUCCCAGUCCUUUUUUUGGAGUAAUAGAUUGAAUUCAUAAUCAUAAGCAAAGAGGUAUGAGAAUAUUUUGGAUUUUAAUUUUGAUUUAAAAUUUCGAGGAAAUAUCCAUGUUGCCAUAUUGUGCGAAAUGCUGGCUACCUUUUCUUGGAAGUCCUUAAAACUGGAUAUAUUCAAAUCGACAACACAGUCAUUGAAGAGUUGAAGAGUCUCAAUGCAUAAAAUAUCCAUCCAGUGGACUUGACAGCAGGUGACAGCAGGGUUGGUGAAAAGUAUGGCAACAGCUGAAUAUUUCUUUUGAAAUUAAAAUUUGACGAUAAGUCUGAUUGUGGAUCCUAUUCUAAAGGAAAAAACUGCUUUUCUGUCGCUUCAAAAUGUUGCUCCCCCAUCUUGAAAACGCCAUUAUGGAACCAGCUUAAUUUUUUUGAUAGGGAGGUGGUCCUAUUAUACAUAUUCAUUCCAAUACAAAAUUUCAAGAAAAAAUGAAUGACGGAAACCGCAGAUCAUUUUGUAUCUUAUUCGGUUUCAAAGUUAUUCACAUUUUAAAGAUAUUAUUAAAUAAUACAAAGAAUAAAUAAAUGAGUAUGCCUUUAUUAAAAAUCUGUGACAGAUGAAACAUUUCGGUACAAAGUUGGUGGAUGCUACUGUGAGUGUUACAACUAACACUUAAAAAAGUAAAAUUUGAAAUAGUUUGGAUUUUUUUCAGAAUUGUGAACUGAUUCAUUUCUAUUUUGUAUGUCUAUAUUUGAAUGUGAAUAACUUUAGAACGGUUUGAGAUAUCGAUAUGUGGUUUCCAACAUCAAUUUUAUCUUGAAAUUGUGUAUUGGAAUCAUGUAUCACAAAACAUCCAAAUAUCUGACUACCGUACCUAAUUUGAUUCUUUCAAAUUCCAGCAACCACUAAUAGUAACUUCUACUCACGUAUUUAACACUUCAAACAAGAACAUUUCGACUGUUAUAUUUUUUAAGUACUGAUUUGUUGUAUCUAUUGUAUAUUCAUUGUAUUCCUGUAUGAUUCAUUGGUAUCUUCAAAUAUGUAUAUCUUUGAAACAGUUUCAUAUAUCGAUGUACGGUUCCAACCAUUCAUUUACUCUUGGAAUUCCUUUUUUUAAAUCAUGUAUCACAUGAUACCCUUCCUAUGAAUCCAAUAAAGUUGAACUCAAUAUGGUUUAUCCAAGGAUGUGGACCAACAUUUUUAAGCUUCAGAGAGAAAAGUAGUUUCCAAUUCAAAUAGUAUCCCCAAUUAAACUGUCAAAUUAUCUUUGGAAAAGUAAUAUGAAACUGUUUCCAUAGUUUUCACCAACCCUGUAAGCCUGAGAGAGACUUUUAAAACAUCUUAUUGAAUCUCAAUGAACUCACUUUAUAUCACUUUUAAUUUCACUUCAGAGAAAAAGGACUUGAUCAGUCAAGUCAAAAGUUGAGUCAAAAAUGUGUUUAUUUCCAAUCUUUCCAAGGUUUUUAAGUUUUUAAUGUUACAGUGCUUGAUAAAUUUGAAAUACAAGGGCUAUUCACAAAGUAACAAACGUUUCAAUCUGAUGCCACCAGGCACCCAAAUCGAGUACUUUCGAGCAAGGUCUAUAAAAAUACAGGUCAUGCCACUCGUGUUCCUUAUGGAGCGGCCAUUUUAUGGGGUCUUUAUGGCGGUUCAUUUGAAAAUCCUAUCUAAUUCAAUUUGCUCGUAACAAAAUUAUGCAUUUUAAAAACAAUAUUCUAGCUAAUAUGUGAAUUCAAGUUUUACAUUUUUUAAUAAUGAAAUUUCAAUAAUAAAUGCUUUAAUUAUCAAUUUAUUUAUUAUUAAAAAUUGUUCUUAUUCUUUUAACUUAACGAUUAUGAUUCAUAAGGCAUUGGGACAAGACAGAAAUAUGCGAGGCCAACUUCAAGAAGAGUUUCAAGUUCCCGAUUAAUUAAAUCUAAAAAUCAACAAUUCAGUUCCUAGUUGGAAUCUUCUUCUUCUUCUUCUUUCAAUCAGGGAUUAGGCUAUUGCCUGUUCCGACUCACAUUCAGCUUGUAAUUAGAAUAAAUAAUAAUGAUAAAUAAAAUCUAUGAAUUAAUAGCAUCAAUAUAAUCUAAUCUAAUAUCAUCAUAAGCAUCACUACAAUCUACUGUUUUUAUUUUAUAAUAAAUACAGUGAUGAUUGCCAUCUUUUUCGUGGCCUGCCUAUGUCUCUUUUGCCUACCGGUUUAUACUUGAAAAUUCUGUGAGGAAGCCUCACUGAAUCAGCUGACAUUCGUUCCACAUGCUCUUUCCAUUGCUGACGAUAAGAUGCAACUCCCUCAUUCAGGCAGAAGAUAUUCAGCUCUUUCCGUAUAUCCUCAUUCCUGAUGUGAUCUCUUCUGUUACAGCCCUUAAUUCUGCGAAGAAAUCUCAUCUCAGCUGCCUGAACUUUACUCUCAAGUGGCUUUGAUGUUACCCACGAUUCACUACCAUAGAGUAGUAGUGGAGCUGCCAUUGUCUCAUAAAAUUUCAUUAUCGUGCUUCUGGUAGCUUUCUUUCCCAGUUCCCUUUCUUAGUUGGAAUCUAAAUAUUAUUAUUCUGUCGAAACAAUUUAUUCAAAAAUUCAAAGCCAAACAAUAUCCCUUGAACAAUAUAACAAAAUUGCACAUCAUGUUGUUCAAUCUAUAAUGAUAACAGUUGAAAAAUUUGAAAAUUGGUGAACUAGAACCCCAUAAAAUUGCGAUUUAGCAAUGCAUCACGGGAUUGUGUCAUGACCUUGCUUACAAAAACAGACGUGUUAUGCUUGAUAUUCAGUGGCUUUCCAGCUGUACCAGCAAAAGUAAGAUUGCGCUGCACUUUGCUGCAGCAUUCACGUUUUAAAUGUGCGCUGCAAUUGAAAAUCCCACGAGUUGUGAGGUCAGAUCUGUAAACGGUUUUUGUUAGCCAAAAACCUAAAGCCAAUAAUUGAAAUUUAUUGUGAGUUUUGCAAAGUGUACGGGAACAACGUUAUGAAUGAAAGUUCGGUUUGGAGAUUGUAUACAGUUCAAAAAUGGUCGCACUAGCGUUCAUGAUGAGGAGAAGAGUGGACGAUCGUGCCUUGUCACUGAUGAACAGGUUCAAGGUCACUCUCAAUGAAACUUCAUCUAGAGAGACCUUGACUGGUUGCCAAAGUCGAUUAGAGAAUCCGGGAAAAUUGCCGCUUUACAAUAAUUCCUGACCUUGCUCCAAGUGACUUUCACUGGAUUCUAUGAUGAAGCUAUUUCGAAGCUCGUCCAACGCGAAAAAAAACUAUUUUUCCUGCUCUUUUCAAAUGUAUAUAUUACAAUAAUUACGUCUUAUUCAAUAUUUUUAUUUCUUUUCAAAACAUUAAUUGUUACUCUCUGAAUAGCCCACGUAUCAAAGCUAUAGAAAAUGAAAAAUACAAUUAAUAAGUUAUUCUAUGAUAUUAUAUCAUACGUAGUGGAUUGUGCAUUAUGUAAUUGUAAGGAAAAAUAAUAUCAGAACGAUGAGUCGAAAUGUUUUUUGAUUAUUUUUAUUCUGUAGAAUUUAAAAAUAACUUCAUAAUACGAUAUCUCAUAUUGACCAAUAACGGGCAAUAUAAUGAUGUCAUGUGGAGAAAAUAUAAAUUUCUAGUUUGUAGAAUUUGAAAAUAACUUUCAAAUACAAAAUCUCGCAUAUCGACCUAGAAUGGGCAAUAUCAUAUAAUGUAGAAAAAAUAUAAUUUGUUGAUCAUUGUGAAUGUUAUAAUAUCAAGUUUUAUCAAUGAUUCAACUUUUGUUUCAAAUAAAAUACAAUUAUCAAUUGAA